CAUUGCAAUCCCGAUCUCGAGCUGGAUCAGACAUCGACUGAAGACUGCGAAACUUUCUAAAAAAAUAACGGAUAAAAAGAAGACUUUUCUGGUUUAUUUAACGAGACUAUCAGAACAAUGCGUUUAAUAUCAGCUUUGCUUCUGUCUUUUAUAAUUGGAGCUACGUUGGCUAAAUUGCAACCGAUGGUAUAUCAUGUAUUUCGGGAGACUGGAGUGAAAGAAGACUACCCAUUUACCUGCUCAUACGGUAAAGCUUAUCUCUACAAGGGAGUGGUAUUUUCCGUAAACGGCGAGAAAAUUUUUGACGACGGCACUAUGCUACAAAAUGAGAAAUGGAAAGAUCUCGGUGUAUCCGAUAUUAUCAUUGCUAAAGAGAAUGAUCUAUCAGUUCCAAUAUUAUACAUUUCCAAAGAUAUUACUAAAAAAUUUGCCAAAUCCAUGAAAUUUAGUUGCACAGUAGAAUCAAAUCUUUUAGAUUUUGGAUUUCAUUUUGUUGAGAAAGAAUCAUGCGAAAGCAACUCGGCUGAUAGUAAAGAAGGAGAGAAAAUUUCAUUUAUGCAUUCUGUUGAAUUAUCUACAAUGGACAAAGAUAUGACAGAUGGAUCAUGGAUAGCAGUUCUAAAUAAUAAGAAAUUAACUGAAAGAGAUAUCGUCGUUGGAGACAGUGCAGAACUACAAAAGUAUAAGCAACGAGUUAAUUUAACUCUUACAAGGAAUAUGAAUGGUCAGGAUUUAAAAAUGAAAUAUAUGCUCCAGUCUGGUGUUGAAUCAACCCUUAGCCUACUUACCGAAUGCGUUAAAAAAUUAAAUGUACAAUAUAUGUCAAGAGUAGUUUCUAUCGAACCUGAUCAAACUGAAUAUAGAAUACCUCAAACGGUUAGAUGCAUUGUCGAAAGCAAUCCUAAACCAAACAUAUAUUGGAUUUCCGAUGAGACGGAAGAGAAAGUUGGGGAAGGAGAACAAUUAAUUUUUGAUAGGAGCUUAUUCAAAGAUGCAAUACCAGAGAAACAUGGCGAACAGAGAAAAGUUCGAAGGAAUUUUACUUGUAAAGUCGAGUCGAAGGGUUUUAAAGGAGUGGAAAGAAAAGUGUCCUUUAAUAUCGUGGUAGAUAAUAUAAAAGAAGAGAAAACGGAAGCAGGCAAUUCGCAAACAGCAGCCAUUGCAGCUGGCGUUGUGAUAUGCCUUAUCAUUCUAGUCAUUGUCGGUGCCGUUGUCGUCUACUACUGUCGCAAGAAGUCACAAACAGGAGCGAAGAAAGUGCCAACAGAGUGAGUAUUUGCCAUUUUAUUUAUUUUUCGCUAUUUAUUUGUUUUCAUUGAGCUUUUAUACUUUAAUUUCACGUUUGCCAAAGUAAACUUUUUGAAUGUUUUUCCAUAAAAUAUUAGUGUAGAAAAGUGUUUUUUCUCGUUUUCUCUAUGGAUAAAAUUUUGCUUUCAUUCUAUUCUAUUCGUUUAUCUUUCCUUUUUUCUAUUUUCUCAUAUUGAUUAUAUAUAAUUGUUUUAUAAUGACAAAAUUAUAUAUGUCUACCUAUAUACCUUAUUAAUUAUCGUAUUCUUGAAAACAACAGAGACGAUGAUAUGAAGCACAAAUUUUCUUCGGAUCGUAAUAAUGCUAAUGGUAAAAUAAAUUUCAUUCCAUUUGGGCAUAUUGUCCAAUAUUAACGUUUAUUGCAUUUUUAACAGCUUAGAAAAUCUCAUUACUGCUUGUUUCUUCAGCAGUUUUCGAUGUAAAAGAGAAUAUGAAAGAUUUUUUUCUUUUUUUUUUUUUUUAAUUUAA